AUGGGUGGUUGUUUUAGCAAGAAAAAUGAAGUUUCUUCUUAUUCUUCUUCUUUGAAUGCUGCAGCAGCUCCUGCUUCUCUUGCUGCUGCCUCCCAACCAGUUCUAAACCGCCCACAUAAUAAUAACACUCUCCAACUAGACAACAAUGAAAUUAAAACCAAGAGCACGGUUGUUGAGGAUAAGGAGGUCAAAAAACAAGUUGUAGAAGAAGAGAGCUUGGUCAAGAAAGAAAUUUUUGUCAUCAAACACAGGAAGAGCCAUGAUAGAGACAAACGCACCCCUCCUCCCGACGUCAAUGCCCCACCAGACGAUGGCCUUGCUGCCACUACUAAUGCAUCCGCUGCUGCUGAAAUGUUAUUGGGCAACAGCGACACCAAUGAUGCUGCUAAUCAUACGGUUGUGAGGACAUCAAGCUGCACAAAAGAAGAGGUAGAUGCCAUUCUCAUACAGUGUGGGAGGCUUAGCCGCAGCAACUCUUCUGGAGCUGGAAAGCCUCUUUCUUCUGGCAGAAAGUACUCCGGUUCCAAGAGGAGUUACGACUUUGAUAAUAAUAAUGAUCAGGACCAGGAUGUUGAGUCUGCCACUUCUGCAGAUCAUUAUGAUUCUGGAAAGAAAGGCAAUGAUGACGACGAUGGCGAGGUUACAGCGGAGAGAAGGCAGCAUCGCCAACGCCACCGCCAAUCCAGCAGGCUUUCUCCUUCUCCUUCUUCGCAAGGGAGGAGAAGGACACCCAGCAGGGAAAGAGACCAGAACCAGCGCUCCGGCAGCAGAGAGAGGGGCAGUGGUAGCAGUGGGAGAAGGGUGAGUCGAUCCCCCGGUAGAAGAUCCGAAACAGCCCAAAACACAGGCGUUAAUGCUAACAAUACUGGUGGUAGUACUGGUAAUAGGCCUGGAAAAAUGGUAUCGGUCCCUGCAACUGUUACUUCUUUAGUGAUGGAUAAGAGCAACAAUGGCGUUGAACCACAAGCAACGGCUGGAAUUAAGCGGGUCUCGGUUAAGAGAAAUGUUGGCGAGGCAGUGGUGACAGGUUCAAGGACCGCUGCAUCACCACGUUCCAAAUCUCCUGCCAGAACCAAUGCUAAGACUUCCAAUGAGAAUAAUCAGCAGCCAUCUCUUAGCCGCAGCAAUUCAAGAAAAGCAGAUCAAUCUCCUUACAGGAGAAACCCAUUGAGUGAAAUAGACCCCAAUUCCCUACCAUAUUCGCAACAAUCUGGCAACAAGGCUACCUGCACCAGCAACAACAGAGCACAAAUCAGAAACAAAGAUAUCGAAGGACAACUGGUGGCGAAGGAAUCUUUCAAUCUUCUAAAUCAGGUAUUGCUUACCUUCCAACGCAUAAUUUGUGGCUAUAGGAGGAAUGCAUUAUUUUCACCGUUACAAAUGUCUUUUCUUGGGCAAUUGCUACUAGCUAAAUAG